AUGUCGUCUCCUAGUUUUGAAGAAUCUUUAGACGCUACAGAACCGAUAUCAUGGAUCUCACAGGUUCUUCGCUUAUCCGAAUCCGAAGACGUUCGACGUAGUUCACUUACCCGAGAUGUAGUCGAGAAGAAGAAGAAGAAGAAGAGACUGACCGGUUCAGAGAAAGUAUUGAGCAAUGUUGGCCUAGAAAUUCGUCCACUCCGAAUGUCCAUGACGUCUUUGAACGUCGGGGAGGACGAUAUCGAACGUGACCCCUCCACUUCAUCCACAGUCGACGACAAGAGUAUCAAUGUAGAUAAUAAACUGGAGACAUUGGACGACGACCAUCUGCUGCGAAGCAUUGCGGACGAUAUGAUCGGCCACAAUGUGCCAUUUCGAUCACCUUUUGGUGUCAAGGCGCAAUGUUAUGCGGACUAUACGGCAAGUGGCAAGCCACUGGAGAGUAUUGAGCAGUUUAUGCGGACUAAAGUCAUGCCCACCUAUGGCAAUACGCACACGACAACGUCCGUCACGGGACUGCAGACCACGGCAUUUCGGGAUGAAGCUCGCCAAAUUAUUGCACGGGGAGUGAACGCCUGCGAGUCGAAGGAUGUGGUGUUGUUCGCUGGCCAAGGAUGCACCAGCGCCAUUCAGAAAUUUAUAACAGCGCUUGGAAUUGGUACGUCGAAACGCUUGCGACUCUCAAGCAAGCGCCCAGUGGUUUUCACAGGCCCAUACGCUCACCAUUCGAACUUACUGCCAUGGCGCGAAAGCAUUGCAGCCGAUAUUGUCGAAAUCCCGGAAGCAAACGGCGGUGGACUCGACUUGAAGGAGCUGGAGCGUCAAUUGAAGCACUACAGCGGGCGCAAACUCAAGAUCGGCACUUUCACGGCUGCUUCGAACCUCACAGGAAUACUGGUGGAUGUUGAUGAGAUCUCCAGACUGCUGCACAGUCACGGCGCGUUGGCCUGCUGGGACUAUGCUACUUGUGCGCCAUAUAUGCCGAUUGAUAUGAACCCGAGCGACCCGAUGACUUACAAAGAUGCUAUCUUUUUUUCGGGGCACAAGUUUAUCGGCGGUCCAGGGUCUCCUGGCGUGCUGGUUGUGAAGAAAAUGCACAUGAAGAAUGAAGUGCCGACGAUGCCGGGUGGAGGCACCGUGGUUUUUGUCACUGAGAAAGGUCAAAGCUACUUGACAGAUACCGUGGAGCGCGAGGAAGGCGGAACGCCAGACAUUUUGGGAAGCAUUCGACUUGGUCUUGCAUUUGCGCUCAAACAGCGCGUUGGAGCCAAGAAGAUCAUGGAUCGGGAACGUUGUCACGUGCAACGCGUCCGAGAGUCUCUUAGUGGAAACAAGCACAUCGUGCUUCUCGGUCGCCAGAGCGACAACAUUGACCAGUUGCCUAUUUUUUCAUUGAUGAUCCGCUACGGCGAUCGUUUCCUGCACCACAACUUCGUCUGUGCGCUAUUGAAUGACCUUUUUGGUAUUCAGGCUCGAGGUGGCUGUCAAUGUGCCGGUCCGUUCGGAGCUCGUCUGCUCGGGGUCAGCAAAGACAACACCAUUGCUUUGGGAAAUGCCUCUGCGAAAAAGGACGAAGUGGUUAAGCCAGGUGUGGUGCGGAUGAGUUUUCCAUAUUUCACUGAUGACGCCGAGGUCAAAUACAUUCUGGAUGCAGUUCACUUCCUGGCCGACCACGGCUGGAAGAUUCUGCCGCAGUAUGAAUUUGACACUCACUCGGCAGCAUGGCAUCACAAAUCGCAAGCUCAAGACAACCUACCGACGAAGAAUUGUCUACGUGAGCUGCAUUUUUUUGACAACAAUACCAGCAGUUCGUCAUCUGUUCUUGACGAACCCAUUCGCAGCAUCUCAACCCAUCGACGUGAAAACUUGGAGCAGGCUGCAUUUCAGGCGGACGCUUGUAUAAAGGAAGCAGCGUUACUCGCUUUUUUCCCUGAGGGCCAAAAGGUGCUUGAGGGUCAUGAGGAUUUGCGCUGGUUUGUCUACCCGUAUGAAGUUGUUGCAGAUCAAAAGAAGUACGGUGACAAGGCUCCGCUCACGGACAAGAUCAUCGGUCCAUGCCAGCCCCAUUUGUACCUGGAAGAUGCGAUGAAUCAUAUAUGGGACGGCAUACCAUCGAUGUCAAAGCUGAAACGGAGUCGCAUGGGAAGAUUAAUGCUUCGCCAUUACAUGUCGACUCCUUGA